ACCCUCCUCCACUUCUUCGAUCUCGGAACAACUAUUAGACACUGAAAGCUUUCUGCAUCCCACCAAACCCGUCCGUUUCAAUGGUGCUCUCCAAGAUCAUUAUCGUAGGUGGCGGACCAUCUGGGCUAGUACUCGCACUGCUUCUCGCCAAUGCAGGUGUCAUCGUCGAAAUACUAGAAGGUUCCGACAAGCUUGAUGAGUCGCCACGAGCGUCGCAUUACUCAUGGCCUGCACUUUAUGAGCUGCAGCGCGCAGGACUUCUCGAAGAGAUCCGCAAGCGAGGUUUUGUGGCCACGGAUGGAAUUUCGUGGCGGAAAGUCGACGGGACACUGCUUGCAAAAUUCAGCAUCGAUGCCAUUCCUCCAGACUACAGACUUCAUGCGUUACCUCUGGGAAGGCUGUGUGCACUUUUGAAGGAGCGCAUUGACGGAAAUCCGAAUGUCGAGAUCAAGUACUUACACAAAGUGAUCAGGAUUGACCAAUCCGAUGAGAGUGCUCGUGUCUUCGUUGACACGCCGCAAGGAGAGCAGCUCCUUGAAGCUGAUUACAUUGUUGGCUGUGACGGUGCUAAUAGUCAGAUACGCCGGUCCCUAUUCGGCGACGGGGAAUUUCCGGGACGUACUUGGGGCGUUCAAAUAGUCGCGACAAAUGUCUACUACGAUAUCGCAAGCCAUGGUUGGGGCCAGGGAGCCUUCAUCGUCGAUCCAGUUCAUUGGUCAAUGGCAGCCCAGAUUCAGCCAGAUGGUCUGCUUCGUGUCAGUUACGGAGAGAAGGUCGGCCUCUCUCGGGAAGAAUAUAUUGCUCGUCAGCCGGAGAAGUUCCGCACUAUUUUACCAGGUCAUCCGUCCCCCGAACAGUAUAAGAUCGUCAAUUUGAGCCCAUAUAAGAUUCACCAAAGAUGCGCAAAGAGUUUUCGAGUCGGACGAUUCCUACUAGCAGCCGACGCAGCUCAUCUAUGCAACCCCUUCGGUGGACUAGGCCUGACCGGUGGGUUGGUCGACGUUGGAAACCUGUUCGAUUGCUUCAUCGGCAUCCAUAAAGGAUUCACAGACGACAGUAUCUUGGACCGGUACAGUGAGGUGCGGCGGGAGAAGUACUUCAGUAUCAUCGACCCGGUGUCAAGUGCCAAUUUACGUCGGUUGAUUCAAGAUCCUGAUAUCGCUAUGAAGGAGGAUCCAUUUUUCACCAUGGCCAAAGAUUUCGAGAACCCAGAAUUCUGCGCAGGCCUUGCUGCUGGUGUCAACGAUAUAAUGCACGACUUCACAAAAGAAUAUGUGAAGCCUCGGUAAACCGCAUGCAUACGGUGCUACUCGCAAAGCCUGAUAGGUAGAUCGUGGAUGGGUUUAGGCGAGGGACAACUCCCCCAUAGGAACUGGUCUUUCGGCGAUUCAUGGAAAAUCGGAAGUGGAAGGUCGGAAGUAAGUUUUCAUGGUCUUCAAAACCUGGUCUGCGGUUUAGGAAGCGAAUGGAGAUGAUGUCAGUCAGGUCGAGAGUAAAUUAGAGUAAGAUCUGCGAGGUCAUCGCUAUGGAUUAUUU